UUGGAAUACUGCACAUUUUGAAAUUCUGCAGGAGCAAAAGCUUGACUAGAAUGAAUACUUCCUUUUCAUUGAGGCACCAUGCCUAUAAAAUGAAAAAAAAUAGCUUUACAGUAUGAAACUGUGGAUUUAGUUCUGGUUCCUGAUGAAUGUAUUUGCUGGGUGAGAAGGUCUUGUUCAAUGGAUCUCAACUGUGUUAAUUCUUGGUGUGGUUUCUGAUGUGUUUACUUUACCAUUCCAUGAGAGCAUUCAUUUGUCAGCAAAGCUUUGCCUUGGUGUACAUAGUAAGGUCUUCUGGCAACCUGCGGGUGGUCGUGGGUUUGCCCUGGGCUCUGCCCGGUUUUCUCCAACCACAAUGCCGGCUGCAGCUGUAUAAGUCAGGAGUGGACAACGCAGUUCAAUCUCAAGAAUGUGUGGCCAAGAUCAGUACAGUCUUACCAAUCGUUGUUGAGCGUCUGUUCUGCCAUUAAAACGUUUUAAGUGCUAUGGUUUGUCUUUAAGCACGUGAGCUACAAUCUAUCGUUAUUACGGAAGAAAUUGAAAGUUCUUUGUGAUACUGUUAAGGGGAGGCAACUUUGCGACUUUUUAUAGGGAAGUAAUUGUAAGAAUGGCGGUAUGCCUGUCUACAAUUAAUGCAGCAGUUAAUACCGUAGUAAAGGGUGAAUAUCUGGAGGAAAAUGGAGUUACAAUUCAUGUCAAGGAUGGCUACACUACUCCAGAAAAGGCUAAACCCUUCUUUAACCCGAGAAUGAAAACUUGUAGGGAACUUGUUUUGGCAACUCUUGGAGCAUUUAUAAAGGAGUGUGGUCAUCAGUCACCUGUGAAUUGUCUGGAUGCCUUCGGAGCCUCAGGUGUUGCAGGCAUGCAGUGGAAAACAAGAUUUGGCAAAUUCUGUCAUGUGACCAUCACGGAGAGAGAUGAAAUCUGUGUGCAAAGCAUUAUGGGUAACUCCAUUUCAAAUGGCUUUGUUCCCAAACCAUUUAUUUUAGAAUUUACUCGAAUUCCCGGAUUACCAUUUGAGCCACAGGAAAGGAAUGAGAUCUGUGUCAAGCAGUGUGAUGUCAGUGUGAUGCUACAUAUGGAAGCGUUUGAUUUCAUACAUCUGGACCCAUUCGGCUGCCCUGUUAAGUACCUGACAGCGGCCUUCACUAACAUGCGUAACAAUGGACUGAUCUGUGUGGUAGCCACUGACCUGGGUUCCCUCCUGGCCAAGAAUGCUAAUGUGGCCUUCAGGAAUUACGCAGCUAACGUCGUCAAGACCGAGUAUGUCCAGGAGGCUGGGGCCCGGGUGCUCAUUGCUGCAGCAGUCAGGGCUGCAGCUCAGUGCAGUAAAGGCGUGGAGGUCUUGUACGCAGUCAACAAGGAUCAUUUCCUGAUUGUGGGCUUGAGAGUGAGGCGAGGCGCUGUGUCUGCUGAUAGCUGUGUCCAGUCUGUAUGCAGUGUCGUCCACUGUCAGAUAUGUGGAGAACGGGUUAGUUUUCCCCCCUCACAGCACCUCACAGAUAAUCCGUAUGAUGCUUUGCCUUGUUGUUGUCACAAAGAUACAGCUGGGAGAACAGCUGUCCUCAUUGGACCUUUGUGGUGUGGUAGUUUGUUCGAUGCCACAUUUGUGGAGAAGAUGUUCAGAGAAGCUGUGUCAGAAAAUCUGAGCAAAGCUGUUGUGACUUUACUGUCGACAUUGCUUCUUGAAGCAGUCUGUCCAAACUCUGUCAGUGAGCAUUUGAAAGUUUUACAACAUAUUGAGGAAAUUCUGAAGGCAAGCAGGCAAGGAGAAUCUGAAAUAAUCCCCAUGGUGGCCACAGAUGGUGCAACACAAAGCUCACUGAACGCCAUGGCGGCUGUGCAGAGGACAGAAAACCGCAGGGAGAGUGUGACACUGCAAAGUGGAAAGAGACAGAGCUGUGUGAAGCUGUCGGGUACAAAUGCAGCAAGCUGCUGCCAGACUGAGUGUAAUUCAACCAGUCAUAAAACUGACCUUGAGGAUGACCCUAAAGUGACUGACAGAACAGAUGACACCAUCAACGCUCCAAAGCGAGCCAAACUGUGUGACACAGGCACAGAGACACUGGUUCCAAAUCUGGACUUAGCUGCUAUACCCUGCCCCAUGUUUUAUUAUGACCUCCACAAAAAGAAGCUACCUGGGCUGAACUUGCCAAAAACAUCCAAGGUCAUCUCUGUGCUACAGACGUCAGGGUUCAAGGCCAGUCGCACUCACUUCUGUACAACUGCUGUACGAACUAAUGCCAACCUAACACAAAUACUUCAGUUGCUCCAAUAAAAUAUGUGUUCUUGUAAAUGUGGCUAUGAAUUAAAAAUCAUCUGUGAUGAACCCUGAUGUACAAUGUCG